AUAUACCCACUUCUCCACCAACUUAUUGUAUUUCUACAUUUCGAUAAGUGCCUUCUCGCAAAUGGGGGAUCCUCCAAAUUCUCGAUUCAUUUUGUGCAGCUUCAAUUUGCUUCUUCUCCUUUCACUCAAUGUCCAAAUUAUUCAAGCUAUGUCAACUAUCACAGCAAUGGCCAAAGACCAAAUAGCUUGCAAUAUGUGCGCCGAAUGUGAAAACCCAUGUCAGCCCAUUUUGUCUCCACCACCACCGUCACCUCCACUUCCAUGCCCUCCUCCACCGUCACCACCGCCUCCAGAACUACCACCGCCACCUCCGCCUUCUCCUCCCCCACCCUCACCAGUCAAUAAUUGUCCACCGCCUCCCUUACCACCCCGUUCUUGCCCGGGAGACUGCUCUCUGCAGCCUCUAACACCGCCUUAUAAUAAUCCUUCCAUCUACCCGUAUUUCACACCACCUUCAGCUAAUUCUAGCAAAUCCGUUCAAUUCAAGAAUCAUCCCUUCGUUACUUGUCUCAUUCUUGCCGUUGCAUGCCUUUCACUUAUCCUAUAGACCUUAAAAUUACAGGUCUAAUUUAGCCUAAAGCACUAUUUAAUAUGGUGUCAUAUUGUUAGUUUUAGCUAAAUCAGCACAAUUUUUCCUUAAAAUGUUUUAACGUCUCUAGGAAAAUCUUUAUGUUUUAUGUAACGUGUUUUUCUUAUUGGAGUUUGAGUGGGACUUUGUUCGUAGCCAAAUUUCAGAAUUAACUGUUGUGUAACAUCUGUGUUUGUUUACUUCAUUGUUUUAUCCAAAUAAAAUAUAUAGACGUUUCAGGUUUAGACAAUGUGCAGGCUGCAAGAAGAAAUUAAGGCCAAUUAGAGAUAGAGAGGACCAAAGAGAAAUGAUGGGAAAAUAAAGAUGGUGUGUCAAAUUGCCAUACACAAAGAAUGUGGAUUCGGAUCGGAGGACAUCUCAUAUGCUUCUAAAAGGAUAGUAGGAAUAGUUUUCUUUUGCCUUUAGGUAGUGGAAUAAAGUGGCUCAAGUACUAUUGAAGAAUCACAUGCUUAGUUCUAGCUACACCAUUGCUGAUAUUACUAAAUUUUUCUUAUUUAAUACGUGUACUCAUCCUAUUCUAUAAUGAAACCUCGAAUUAGUUUCUGUGCACCAA